AAAAAAGCGAUGGUGGGCACAAAACAACGCUACAAGCAACUGAAAAAGACCCUUACCUCAAGCAUGGAUGAGAUGCGAGCAAAUGUGCUCAAGUGUCUUGAUGAAGUUCCACUGGAACAGAUUUGCCGGUUCUCAAUUCGCUCGGCUCGCUACAUCCAUGCGUACACGGAGGGUUUGACCGGUAGUCAAGCCGCCUGGGCAAAUCACAGAUACCAUGGUCAUCGGACACUCCCACCGGACAUGAUGGCCGAGGCCAAGAAAGCAAUUCCGAGCCCGUAGUAUCUCAGAUAUAACAUAUCUAUCAAUCUAUGUACAUUACAGACUGAAAAAGUUUUCGUGUCCGCAAGUCGAAGAUUUGAGCACCGUGACAGUGACGUGACGGUGACAGUCACAUCAGCUUACUAAGGCAUGCUGGUUCCUAAUGCGGCACACCUUAGCUCUUGAGCGGUUGCUGGAUGGCGG